UUUUUAUUGUUUCAGGUUGCUCGAUUAAGAAUCCGUCGUAAACCAGGAACCAGAAUAGUGUUGAAUGUUAAAAAUAACUGUGAAUCCACCAAAAGUCUAUCAGUGCCUUGUAAUGUUGAAGUGACAACCACAAACUUUUCAAGUGACAUGUCGACCAAUACAACAGUAACAACCACAACCGCCUCAAAUCCCAGUCCUGAAAGGUCAUUUGCAAGUCAAAGAUUCUCAGUCUGUCCAAGUAUAGCUAGUCAAGUUAUCGAAGAGAGUUCAAUCAUUCAAAUUGACUCUAACCCAAAUGCCAAUGGAUCUUCACCUUCUCCUAACGCUGAUGAUCCAGGCUUAGGUUGUGAAAUUGACUGUCCAAAUUUAAACAGCACCUUUGAGUGCAACCGCAACCAUUUGUCAACCUCAUCUCCAGCCAAAGAAUGCCUUAUACCACCGACAACACCUUCCAAUCGAAGUGGACUCACAACGCCAAUCCACAGUAAUCCAGUUGAAAGAGAAAAGUAUACUUCGGAAAAUUGUGGUGGAUCGACGAUCGACAUUGACGAUGACUGGAACUUGAUUGGCCAAGAAAUAUCAGUAACAAGUGAUGUUGUUGUUACAUGUGAUUCAAGAGGAACCAGUUAUCAUUAUGCUUCAGUGACCAACAAGGACAGUUGCAUGGAGAGUGGCAAAAGGGGGAAAAGCAACUCAUCGAUAUCCAAAAAGAACAAGGCAAACAGUGUAAAGAAUAAUUCGAAAAGAAAAGCACUUCGAAUAACGACGAGUUUGAUUAGUCCAAAUAAAGAAAAGUCGACUCGAAAUUAUGGCUCGUGUGGAAGGUCAAGUCGAAUGAGUUCAACCAAUGGAAGAGAUUCAUUAGAAUCAAAGAGAGAACGAAAAGCGGCCAAAACAUUAGCCAUAAUAACCGGGAUUUUCGUCAUUUGUUGGCUUCCAUUUUUCAUUGUCGCUCUUCUUUCGCCCAUUUGUGGUCCACCUUGUGAUCCACCCGCUCUGUUGACCAGCCUUUUCCAGUGGUUGGGUUAUGUCAAUUCAAUGCUCAAUCCUGUGAUUUACACCAUUUUCAGUGCCGACUUCCGAACUGCUUUCAAGAAGAUAUUGCUUGGAAAACGAGCGGUUCAUCGAUCUCAAAAUCGAGUGUAGAAUAUUGGAAAAAAAGAAAUUUCGAUUUUUAUUGUGCUUCAAGUUUCCUUAAACAGUGGCACCAAGUUUUUGUACCAAUUUGGAUACAGUUGGCGACCUCAAAGUGAACUGCAAUAUUUAUAUGAGAAUUAUUAGAGAAACAUUUUUAUUCUGUUUUAUUUUGCCACCAAUCGAUAUAUUGAUAAUGAUGCCUUGCAAUUGGCUGAUGUUUCCUUGAUUUAUUGAAUUCUUGUUUGUUUCAGCAUAAAUAGUUGAAAAGAGAUUAUCAUGAAGCAGAUGAAUUGAUGAAGAGAAGACAAAAUGUGAGAAAUGUGUAAGUUUUGGCUGGACAAAUGUUUAUGGUUAAAUAAUCUUACCUCAGUAUUUUUGUUGUUGUUCUCGCUGGUCCAAUGGUCCAGCAACAAAGUAGCCACGGUCAGUUUAUAUUCAAUUCUUAUUGCUUUUUAUUAUUUUUCCUGUUCAUUCAACCAUGGAAAACAGUGAAACAAAAGUAAAUGGAUCAUCACAAUUGUCAUUCAGUUGAACCUUAUUUUGUCCUUCAAUCAUUUAAGCUCAUUGAUAAAAUAAUAACUGGAUAACCAAAUAAAACAAUUUACAUCAGUUUAGUUAUUAGAAUGCUUUUAAUGUAAAUUUUUUCCAUCAAAUUUACAUUAGGCAACAAACGAAGUACAAUGUUUUAUUUGAAUCAACAAAAGUCCGAAGAGCAACAUUGGUAAUGGUGGACAUUCGAGUUUAACUAUAAAUAGCAAAUGACAAAUAAAUUAAAACACGAAAAA